CGCCUCCCUCCCUCCGCAUCUCACUUUUCUGAGCUGAGUAGAAUGGCUCAGAGGUCGAAGCUGCUGCUGCGGCGGCGGUGGCGGGACCUGCGGGCACCAUGACUGUCAGCACCUUCGUGGUAGUUCUGAUGCUGGGGACGCUCCUCGGAGUGAGCGGCGUGGAAAGGAGCCCGAAGUCCCCCGGGCUGCGCCGGUCCUCGCUCCCUGCUGCGCUCCCCCGGCCCCCUGGCUCCAUAUCACUGGCGCUCGGAGUGGCUCGACGGCCGCCCAGUUUGCCCUUCCAACGCCGCCAGUCCCCUGCCUCCGCGCCUCUGCAGCUGCUCUCCGCCCCAGUCCUCGGCCUGGGGCAACACCGCUUCUCCGGCAAAAGCCUGGACGUGGGUGCAGAAGACGGACAGUGUUGCUUCCCUGGAGACCCUCGAGACCGAUGCGACUGCAGACACGGGUCAGUGCGUCUCCGAGGUGGGAAAAAUGAAUUUGAAGGUACCGUGGAAGUAUAUUCCAGAGGAGUUUGGGGAGCAAUCUGUAGCAGUAACUGGGAUGACGGUGCCGCGGCUGUCAUCUGUCGCCAGCUGCAGCUUGGGGCCAAAGGGACAGCCAAACAGACCCCAAUUUCUGAACUGGGACUCAUUCCCAUUCACUGGAGCAACAUCCACUGCCAAGGGGAUGAAGACAACAUCCUACUUUGUGAACGAGACACCACCGGGCCCCAGGGGACAUGUCCACAGAAGAUGGCAGCUGCAGUCUUGUGCAGUUUUUACCAGGCUCCUUCCUGGACACUGGUGCGGCUUGUUGGUGGGCGCAGCAGCCAUGAGGGCCGAGUGGAACUUUACCAUGCUGGGCAGUGGGGCACAGUGUGUGAUGACCAGUGGGAUGACGCGGAUGCUGAAGUGGUCUGCCGCCAGCUUGGCCUGAGCGGGGUUGCCAAAGCUUGGUCCCGGGCCCAUUUUGGGCAAGGAUCAGGCUCCAUCAUAUUGGAUGAAGUACAAUGUACAGGAAAUGAGCUUUCCCUAGAGGAGUGUCCCAAGAGUUCCUGGAGAGAACACAACUGUGACCACCGGGAGGAUGCGGGGGUCUCAUGCACCCCUCUGACAGAUGGAACCCUGAGACUAGCAGGUGGGAAGGGCAGUCAUGAGGGACGGCUGGAAGUACAUUACCGUGGACGAUGGGGUACCAUCUGUGAUGAUGGGUGGACAGAGAAGAACAGCCAGGUGGCUUGUCGGCAGCUGGGAUUUAAGUAUGGCAAACAAGCCUCCAAUCGUCAUUUUGAAGAAAGCCUGGGACCCAUCUGGUUGGAUGAGGUCAGCUGUUCAGGAAAGGAGACAACUUUCCUUCAGUGCUCCAGAGGAAAGUGGGGAGAGCAUGACUGUAGUCACCAAGAGGACAUUCACAUUACUUGCCAGCCAGACAAUGAUGUGCACAAAUUCUCUCUGGGUCUCCCCAUCAGGCUGAUGGAUGGAGAGAACAAGAAAGAAGGACGAGUGGAGAUCUUUGUCAAUGGGCAAUGGGGAACAAUCUGUGAUGAUGGAUGGACUGAUAAAGAUGCUACUGUGGUUUGUCGGCAGCUUGGCUACAAGGGUCCUGCCAGAGCAAGAACCAUGGCCUAUUUUGGGGAAGGAAAAGGGCCAAUCCAUGCAGACAAUGUAAAGUGCACUGGGCGUGAGAGGAACCUCGCAGAUUGCAUCAAACAAGACAUCGGAAAGCACAAUUGUCGUCACAGUGAGGAUGCUGGAGUGAUCUGUGACUACUUUGGCAAAAAAGCUUCAGGGAAUAGGAAUAAAGAUUCCCUUUCAUCUGUUUGUGGUCUGAGGUUACUCCACAGAAGGCAGAAGAGGAUCAUUGGUGGGAAAAACUCUUUACGGGGCGGCUGGCCCUGGCAGGUGGCCCUGCGGCUGAAGCUAUCCCAUGGAGACCGCAGACUUCUUUGUGGGGCCACACUUAUUAGCAGCUGCUGGGUGCUUACUGCAGCUCACUGCUUCAAGAGGUAUGGUAACAACACUCGGAACUACAUUGUUAGAGUUGGGGAUUAUCACACUCUGGUGCCAGAGGAGUUUGAAGAAGAGCUUGGGGUCCAGCAGAUUGUGAUUCACCGGCUAUACAGGCCGGACAGCAGUGACUAUGACAUUGCCUUGGUGAGGCUGCAGGGACCAGAGGAACAAUGUGCCACGUUCAACAGCCAUGUUCUGCCUGCCUGCCUGCCCCUCCGAAGAGAAAGGCCACAGAAGACUGCUCCUAAUUGUUAUAUCACUGGAUGGGGAGACACAGGACAAGCUUAUUCGAGGACCCUGCAGCAAGCAGCCAUCCCCUUACUUCCCAAGAGGUUUUGUGAAGAGCGUUACCAGAGUCGGUUCACAGGGAGGAUGCUAUGUGCUGGAAGUCUGCAGGAGCAGAACCAUGUGGACAGCUGCCAGGGAGACAGUGGUGGCCCCCUGAUGUGCCAACGGCCUGGAGAAAGCUGGGCUGUAUAUGGAGUUACUUCCUGGGGUUAUGGCUGUGGUGUUAAAGAUUCUCCAGGUGUUUAUACCAAAGUCUCAGCCUUUGUACCCUGGAUAAAAAGUGUCACUAAACUUUGAAGAGUUCAGCACUGAGACCUUCAAGAGAAAAGAACACUGGACUUCUGUGGCAUUUGAACUGAACAGCCAGUCCACAGUUUAAACCUGUGGCCACUCCAUGCACACUUUUCUGCUUGGUGUUAUGAUUUUAAUUUUUAACAAUUGAAUGUAGGCUAUAUAUGCAUUACUUUUGUUUGAGGUUUCUUAUGCACAAAAAAAGGUGAAAUCACAUCAAAUUGAGACAAAUUUUACAAGUCACUGACAGUGUUGGGGAUGUUGGCAAUUUCAGGAAUGCCUUCAUUUCAGCACUGACUAAACUGGCAUGAGUUUUCCAAUUUGUCUCACCUUGGUAGAGUAAAUUCUCUACUUUGCCAUUUGAUAAUCUGAGCCUUACUUAUGAUUUCAUUUUAUUCGAGAGCAUUUUCCUCAAGAUGAACAAGAUAUGACAGUUCAGGCCUUAUUUCUGUAUAAUUCAAAAUUUAGAUUUUGGAGUGGCUUUUUAUAUUUAAAAAUCACCAAUUCUUAAGUGUCAAUGUGACUUUGAUUCAAAGUACAUAAAAGUAUUCUGCUUGAA